AUGAAUAAGAGACCCAAGGACAAAUUCUACAAACAACUUAAAGGCGCCCCAAUGGGUUCUCCUCUCUCUCCAGUCCUUGCAAACCUCUUCAUGGAGGACUUCGAAACCAGAGCCAUUGGCACCUCUCAUCUCAAACCCACGUGUUGGAUCCGAUACGUGGAUGAUGUCUUCGUCAUAUGGCCCCAUGGAUCCGAAGAUCUUCAUGCAUUCCUGAACCACAUCAACUCCUCACACCCCGAACUUAAGUUCACAAUUGAAUUUGAAAAUAAUAACUCACUCCCUUUCCUGGACGUUCUCAUCACAAAGUCCAAUAACUCCUCACACACGGUCUACCGAAAACCUACUCGUACUAACCACUACCUCAAUGCCAAGUCCCAUCAUCAUCCUGCUCAGAUAAAUUCAGUUCUGAAUUUCGUCAUACAUCGUUCUAUAUGA